AAGCCCCAUUUUCAUAGGAGUGUAGUUUAAUAGGACGAAUCUGAAGAGAGAGUCGAUUUUUAGUAAUAAUAAUACUAGUAUUAUGUAAACACUUUUACCAUUUUCAUUAUGGCUUUGACCGAAUUCUUACCUCGUCUCGGAUCUCAAGAUUAGGAAGAAAGAAACACUGGAGCGAGCUCAGUCAUAAAAUGCAGCACCAUACGUGAAGAACCGAAAAUGCUUACCACACAGUAGACUAAUAAUAGAGCAGACACAGAACGUAGAGUGAGAAAGCUACCAAAUCCGGAUAUUUCCUUGCCGUGGAACAAGGGCGUCGGGGAGAUGAGACAUCUGUAGCCUUGCAAUUUGCGAAGCGCACGCACCAUUAUGGCUAGCUCAGAGGUUUCGAUCGGAGGUUUCGCUCAGCCGAGUGACGGCUCACGACCCGCCGCUGCAGGGAAGGGUGAAACUGAGUCGGCCUUGUACAUGGAGCUAUGGCGGGCAUGUGCUGGGCCGCUGGUGACUGUGCCACGAGAGCAGGAACUGGUGUUUUAUUUCCCCCAAGGACAUAUAGAGCAGGUUGAAGCAUCCACUAAUCAAGUGGCUGACCAGCAAAUGCCUGUGUAUAAUCUUCCUCCCAAGAUACUUUGCCGUGUUGCCAACGUCCUUUUGAAGGCAGAACCAGAUACAGAUGAGGUUUAUGCCCAAGUGACCUUGAUGCCUGAACCAAAUCAAGAUGAGAAUUCCGUGAAGGGAGGAUCCAUGCCAUCUCCAAUGCCACAGUUUCAUGUAUAUUCUUUUUGUAAAACUCUUACUGCGUCAGAUACCAGCACACAUGGUGGCUUUUCUGUGCUUAGGCGGCAUGCAGAUGAAUGUCUCCCCCCACUGGACAUGUCCAGGCAGCCUCCAACUCAGGAGUUGGUGACCAAAGAUUUGCAUGGAAAUGAGUGGCGCUUCAGACAUAUAUUCCGGGGGCAACCAAAAAGGCACCUCCUUCAAAGUGGUUGGAGUGUGUUUGUUAGUUCAAAAAGGCUUGUUGCAGGGGAUGCAUUCAUAUUUCUAAGAGGUGAGAAUGGGGAGCUCCGUGUUGGUGUAAGGCGGGCCAUGAGACAGCAGGGUAUCUCUCCGUCAUCUGUUAUAUCCAGUCACAGCAUGCACCUUGGGGUUCUGGCGACAGCAUGGCAUGCCAUUCAGACUAAAACCAUGUUCACUAUAUACUACAAGCCCAGGACAAGCCCUGCUGAAUUUAUCAUUCCAUAUGAUCAGUACAUGGAGUCCAUUAGAAACAAUCACUCCAUAGGAAUGAGAUUUAAAAUGAGGUUUGAAGGGGAAGAAGCUCCUGAGCAGAGAUUUGCUGGGACCAUUGUUGGCAUUGCAGAUUGUGAUCCCCAGAAGUGGCCUGAAUCAAAAUGGAGAUGUCUGAAGGUGCGGUGGGAUGAAACUUCGACAGUUCCUAGACCUGACAGGGUUUCACCUUGGAAAAUAGAGCAAGCUCUUUCUCCUCCUUCACCAAAUCCACUCCCGGUACCUAGACAAAAAAGGCACCGGCCCACAUUUUUACAUCCCGAUUCCCCUGUCCUUGCAAGAGAAGCUUCAUUCAAAAUAUCCAUAGACUCUCCUACAGCUUCCGCUGGGCUUUCAAAGGUCUUGCAAGGCCAAGAAGUGUCAACCAUGAUAGGUGGUUCUUUUGCAGAAGUUAAUGAGUCGGACCCGUCUGAUAAGCCAAUAGGAUGGGCACCAUCUUUAGAUGAUGAAAAGAUUAACAAUCUUUUCACAGCACGCCGAUAUGGUUCAGACAAACGGUUUCCAUCAGAAAGAAUCGAACAACCUUGUUUCUCAGAUUUAUUAUCAGGUGUUGGCACACACAUGAACCCCUCACAUGAUUUUUGUUUACAGUCUGGGGAUGAGUCUGCAGUUGAUGCAAGUUCGGUGAAGCAAAAUACACUUCAGCAUCAAGAACGAGAGUGUAGCUUACUUGGGAAGCAAUGGUAUAUUGUGCCCUCGGGCCUGUCACUGAAUUUGACAGAUGCAAACACUGAAAACCAUGUAGAAAGUUCUGAUAUUCCAUAUCAACCACGAGGAGACUAUUGGUAUGGGGGGUAACAACAAUUAUUUUGUGCUACCAGGUAACAAACUAGAAUAUCAUCAAAGGAACUGGUUGACUCCCCGACAAAUGUCUCAGAUGAAAGCCCCUUCUCAUUCCAGAGAUCCAUUGUUUACAUUCGAACCAUUGCAACAACUUGAGGUCAUGAAGCCAAAUGAUGAGAACUGCAAACUUUUUGGCAUACCCCUCAUAAGUAAUAGCUCUGCUGUACCCAUAAACACAGUGUUUGAGUCAGGUCACAUCCAUGCCGGUAUUAACUCCCUUCAUUCCGCUGCAAUUGAGCUAAAUGAAAGUCUUGAAAAGAAGGCCAAGGCUUCUAAAGAGUUAAAUUGUCGACCUACUGGCAAUGAGCAAAAGAAAAGAUAUCAAUCUUUUUGCCCGGAUGGUAGAGAAAAUGAGGGGAAAAUCUACAGUGGCUCUACAAGGAGUUGCACCAAGGUUCAGAAACAGGGCUCAGCCCUUGGAAGGUCUGUGGAUCUCUCCAUGUUUAAGAGCUAUGAUGAAUUGAUAGCAAAACUAGACCAGCUGUUUGACUUCAAUGGUGAACUUAUGUCUCAAGACAAGAAUUGGAUGGUUGUGUAUACUGAUGAUGAGGGUGAUAUGAUGCUUGUGGGAGAUGAUCCAUGGACAGAAUUUUGUGGUAUUGUUCGUAAAAUUGGUAUCUACACGAAGGAGGAGGUACAGCAGAUGAAUCCAGGGGAGCUGGAUUCGAAAGGCGAUGAUAUGUCAUCUGUUGCAGAAGGUCUGGACACUAUUGAAAUGAAGAGUUUGUGGUUCCCUUCAGCAUCCAGUGCUGAGGAAUGUUAAAUUUCUCUGAAAAGACCUAGGUUUAUUGUGGCCUCAGGGAGAAGACUGAAGUCUUACUGAUCUGUCUCUAGUCCUUUGGGGAUGGGGGUGCAUGAAUCCCUUUCAACUUGUAUGAGAGGGUCUCUCUUCCCUUAUCUCUAUGGUCUACAAAUUAGUAUUUUUAUCGCGAUAUAUACGGUAUAUAGUUGCUAUGCUCAACAAUGCAUUGGUCUUUCUUUGAAGGUUCUAAUGUUAUAUAUAUAUAGCCCAUCUUGCCGAGUUUCUUCAGCUCUGGAUGCAAGUAAGAGGUAAUGUGAUGCCUACAUCCACAAUGAAAUUUUUAUUAGGGAUUAGGGGAGUAUGGAAUUCUGAAUGAGUGUUUUUGUAUGGUAUUUCAACUGUUACACCAUGUAUUAUUUAAUAAAUUAUUUCACUUCUUG